CCCAGCGCAGCGCGGCUGCUUCGGGGCUGCGGCCCCUGCCCGGCGCUGGCCAUGGGGCGAGGGGCGGCAGCCGGGACCUGACUGGUGGCACUGGUGGUGCUGGGAGCCCCCCCGGCUGCGGGCGCGGAGCUCUCGGGGGUGUUCCAGUUCAUGGGAAAGUCCGAGUGUCAUUUCAUUAACAGUACGGAGAAGAUGAGGUUCGUGGCGAGUGCCCCCCAGCGUUUCCAUCUCGCUGGCACCCCCUUGAGCUCCCAGCCCGGCCCCAGCCGCCUGCUCCGCUCCGUCAUGGAUUUCUACCCUGCCCGCAUCCAGGUGAGGUGGUUCCAGGGCCAGCAGGAGCUCUCGGAGCACGUGGUGGCCACCGACAUGCUCCCCAACGGGGACUGGACCUACCAGCUGCUGGUGCUGCUGGAAACCCCGGCCCGGCGCGGGCUCACCUACACCUGCCAGAGAUGCCGCCGGACGCCACCCGCAGCAAGAUGCUGACGGGCAUCGGGGGCUUCGUCUUGGGCUUCGUCUUCCUGGCGCUGGGGCUCGGCUUCUACCUGCGCAAGAAGAGCUCCUGAGCCGCCGGCGGCCGCAGCCCCUCCCCGUGGGCUCGGGCCCCGCCGGACCCCCCGCUCCGUCCCUGCUCCGCUGAUUUCGGGGGGGUCCCGUGUGUCCCCCCAGCCCCGCCGGCGCUCUGCCCCCACCCAGUGCCCGCUCCCAGUGCUCCCAAUAAAGCUUCCCAGUUGGC